AUGGCUGUUACAGAUCAGAAUAUUUUUGUGAUGGUUUUUCUGAGCAUCUUUUCUUUAUUCAUCGUUACAUCAAACUCCUGCGUUUGCCUCUUGGUCAUCUCGAAGAAAGCUCUACGAACCACCACGAAUUGGCUGAUGGUGUCACUUGCAGUGUCGGACAUAUUAAUAGGAGGAGUUUUACUGCCUGUUUACCUCAUCGAGCCAUUUUCGAUUGUAACAGGUUAUUUAGUGAGCGUAAUUUUACUCUCAGGUGUUGCAAACCUAUGUGCUGUCACAUACGAUCGAUAUGUUGCAGUGAUCAAGCCAUUGGAAUACCCGUAUCGAGCUCCUAAGAUACGAAGAAGGGCUCCUUUACUUUCCUGGUUACUUUCAUUGAUUUACUCUUUACUGCCUCUGUUUUGGAACACUGAUGUCAACCUCACAGUGCAUAAGGUUUACAUGAUUUGUUUACAGGUUUUUGGUAUCAUUGUGCCUUACACUUUAAUGACUUUGGCAUACGUGCGAAUGUUUAUGGAGGUUCGAAGGGGUCUGACAAGGAACGAACAUCUGAAAUCCUUCAGAGUGCACAAUCACGAAGGAAGACGAUUAUCUUCGGAUGCUAAGGUGGCAAAAGUGUUUGCCAUAUUUGUUUUAGCUUUCCUUCUCUGUUGGCUGCCAAUCAUCUACAUAACAACUGCAAAAAUUGUUAAUAGGGAUGACGUCAUUCCAGGAGCCCUCUCUGUUUCGUCUUUGUUUACAGUGGCGACAUGUUCACUGUUGAAUCCACUCGUGUACACUUUUCUCAAACCGGAUUUCAAGAAGGCCAUCUGCAACUUCUUUCGGACGCGUUCUCCCACAAACACGGUGUUAAACGGGCGUGGUAUCUCCUCAGAAGGAGGAAUGCGAACUAAAAUGAAUGUCCAACAAAGGAAUUUAGAACAAGGAAAAAUACAUUCAAUGGAAGAUUUAUCCCAGUUUUCACUGGAUUGCAAAUGAGUUUUUAUGUCCGACGUUACUAGAUUCUUGUCGUGCCUAAAAUGUCACUUUUAUAAAACAAUUUUGAAGUUCAGCACUUUUAAGGAAAAAUACAACUUUUUAAUGUAUUUUUCAAAACGGUUAACUUAGAGACUCAAGUUUGUUCAUUUAAAUUCCUUACAUUUCGUUAAAUCGAGGUUGGAUACCCGGAUCAGUUAUCAAUUAGCAUAGAACUUCCUGCAAAAAAAAAAUAUCACAUCUUCUCAUUGAAAUAUUUUUCGAAGCUAAUUAGAGGCGGCGAGGUGUUUGUUAAAAUUAAUUGAGUGGUGCACUUAGAAAAGUUUCCCCAACAAAGGCUGGGGGGCUACAACCCCCUUUCCCUCCCCCCAGGUUCGGUGCAUUUCACUCCAGCAGCUCAAAGAUCACAUGACUAACGUAUCAGGAUGACUGGGCUUGAGUUAUAUUAUGGUUAGGAUUUUAGAAAAUAACAGGAAGGACAAAAAAGUUCAUUUUGCCCUUAAAGCAAUGCGCCUUCUUUAAAUUAUUUUCAGAAUUUAUCGGGGUUUUCCCCCAAUACUGAUUACUACUGACUGAAAAAAGGGAUUUGGUUCUCAGUGAACGAACGAGUUUAAACCUAACGAUAAUAUUACUCAUAGUGGUCUAUUUGAAUCUUGCGAACUUUCUUCUACCUGCUGUGCUAUCGAAAGCGGGAACAUCAAUGUGAUUAAUUAAAGAAACUCUCAAUUAACAAUAAUUUUUUUCUGAAAAUUAUUUCGAUAAGUUCAUCAUUUUUCAAUAAUAAAAGGUGGGGUGAGUAACCCUAUCAAAUAAGAAGAUCACUUGAUCAAAUAUGUGGUCAUUUUGAAUGAUGAAACUCAAGGUGUCUAAUGUAAAUUUCCAUUGACAAUUUAAUUUUUGAAGGCCUCUAGAAAACGAAACUAGUUUAGGUCUUCACAUGAACAGGGCUACAUUCGUUCCCCAACACCUUUCAUGUCACCAAAAGCAGUACCAGGUUUUGAUUCCCGUAUUCAAUUUUUUUUGGAAAAUUUUUUCGAUUGAAAGAGAACAGAUGAACCCUGAUCUCUACUUAUGUUCGUCACGAGUCUCUCGCCGGACCAAGGCAUUAAUAACCAUGAAAGCUGAGCUCAUAAUACUGCUUUGAGCUCUGCAAAAUGUGCCGCGAUGAAUUACUCGCGUGGAGUCUGUUUUUAUCCGUGUGCAGAAAGAUAAUAAUCUGCAAAGCCUCUAGCCUAAAUUAAAACGGCGUUAAUACCUAUGAAAGCUUAGUUGUUCUCUGCAAGGCUUGCCGCGAUGCUGAGUGAACAACUCUCGAAGACCUUAUGUUUAUCCGUAGGCUGAAAAGUAAUACUUUUCGGACCCUUUGGCCGAUAUUAGUUAAGUGCUGAUUCCUAGAAAUGCUUAAAUCCUAAUAAUUCUGUGGUCAUGGCAAGAUUUUCAGCGAAUGAAAAUAAUUACCCUAGUGAAACCCAUAUUUGUAUUCCAAUAAUAAUUCCGGAAAAUUCUGAUCUGCCAUUUGCGUUGAAGCAUUAUUAAUUUGAACGUGUGACAAAAGUCUUAAUAGAAAAGAGUUUGUUUGUAAAGAUAUUUCGGAAGAAUUCGUAAUCCUCGAUUCUGGCGUUGUAUUAGAGUGCGUCAUAACGUGAUUCGUCAAUUACCUUGAAUUUAUACACCGCAACACGAUAUCGCUAACAAAAAUGAAAUGAAAAAUUCAUGAUAGUUACCGGUUGUCCCACAUUGGACCGUGUGAAAGGAAUAAUGCCAAAAUUACAUUUUCAGUUCGACAAGCUGUUGAAAUCUCUCUGAUUGUUGCAGCCCAAGAUCGUAUUAAUGAAAUGUUCCGAAAUUCUGAUCAGUGCUUCUUGUAGCAAAUUAAAGCGAAAAGGCUGCGCAUCAAUGCAUUUUGAGAAAGUCGCAGUCUUUGCAGUCAAGAUUUCCUGAUGAUUUUUUUCUUUGUUUACCCUCGUAAAACGUUCUCGAUAAAAAACGCCGUAGAAAAUCCAUUCCUUAGAAAUUGAAUCAGGAAAAUCAUAGAUAAGUUAACUGGCAACGCGAUGAAAAUUGAAAACUGUCUUCCUCUGUUAAUUUUGUUGUAAAAAGAAUCGUUUUUAAAUUCCUCUCCUGAGAAAAAAGACAAAAAAUAGCAUAUGGUUACGAGCUGUCUCCAAGUGCUAACGUUAGUGCUAAGUGCCGAGAAGGGUAAUAACAGAUUGCCGAGAUAGACAGGGCAAGCGUGCAUACCAAACAAAAAGUGUCCGUUCAUCGUCCUUAUUGGUACAAAGAUAAUUUCACAUGUCAAUUUAAAUUUGAAUUUGAAUGAUAACUUAUUGAGAGCUCAACUUGCUCUUUCAUUAAAUCUGCGUGAAGUCUUCUGGAUAAGAGCUCACCUUAAGAUAUAUGUUUGUAAGAUGUUGUUGGGAUGUAAGACUAACUACCCAGUGACUGAAAGUGAUAUACACACCAAUUUUUAGGUUCGAGACUCUUCGAUUGAGAAACGUAUUUCCAGUUUUGUCACUUGAAGAAAUAUCGGCUUUGAUAGAUUAAUUUUGCUUACAUCAAUAUAAAGCUGUGUCCUUCAGGAUGCUGGUCUGCCGGACGCUAAGUUAAUACUUCAGAAAGAUCAGAGAAUAACGAAGAGCAAGAGUUUCAUACCUUGGGAUGGCUGAAAAUUCCAUCGUAAACGUUAUGAUAACUAUUUUGUCCGUAAUAGUAGUGGCUGCUAACGUAACAGUAUGCCUCUUGGUCGUCGCCAACAAAUCUCUGCAAACUUACACGAAUGGAUUCCUCUUUUCUCUGGCAGUAUCUGAUAUUUUACUCGGUGCUGUACUGUUUCCUGUGUUUCUAACGAUUCCGGAAUCGGCCACCAGCGGAUAUAUUGUCUCUGUGAUUCUGUUGUCAGGAGUUACCAGCCAUUGCUGCAUCACCUUUGACCGACUCAUUGCUAUCCGCCAUCCGUUCUCGUAUUCUUAUCUAAUACAGAAAUACUUUACGAAAGUGCUACUGACUGCCUGGGUCGUGGCAGUUGUAUUUUCGCUAAUACCACUCUGCUGGAAAGCUGAUUCCCGUCUUUUGAUUCACAAAGUUUACAUCUUUGUGGAAAUCGUGAUUUUUAUCUUUGUUCCUUAUAUGUUGAUGUUUGUUGCUUACCGCUUGAUUUUUGCGACGCUCCGCGAGCAUUUCAAGAUCGUUCAGGAGAUGACGGUAUCGACAAGUAGGAGGGAACAAGCGAAGAGGCUCUCAUCAGAAGCAAAGGUUGCCAAAGUUUGCCUUAUUCUGAUCGCUACUUUUGUCCUCUGUUGGCUGCCGAUCAUCUACAUGACAUCAGCAACGGCGCUUGGUAGAGCCGACAUCGUGCCUGUUCUUUUGCCCAAUAUUUCCAUAUUUACACUGGGUCUGUCGUCCUUGAUAAACCCUGCACUGUACACUUUCAAGAAAGAGGACUUCAGAACUGCUGUGAGAAAGAUUUUCAGGCGAAAUAUGAAUGCACAGAUUCAUCCGAUUAGUCUAAAGAAUCAUAUAGAGAUCACACAAAAAGGGAAUACUACGCAUGACACGGCUCUCCAGCUGAGAAACCCUACCACUGGUGUCUAAGUAUCGCAAUUAAUGAAGUAGAUCCCAACUAUUAUUGUUCAUGUACUGCCGCACUGUGAUCAAAAUUGCAUCAGUCCUUUCAUACCUGACUGAGAGAUGGUCAUUUUGCUUUUUAAAAGUACAGAGACUAAAUGGAAGCGGCGAAAACGAUUUUCAAGGGAAAUCUAAAUUGGCAGACUGCAUGUGCCUGCAGUGGUCAAUCGGGCAUUGACAGCAAGUUGAUUUGUGAAGCUCUCAGUGUCUUUGAUAUCCUUGACCCUUUACUACCUAACAUCAGUAGACACAUUCUCCAUACUGUUCUCUAUACCUUUUUUUAACUUGCUCACAAGGAGAACUUGUUUAACGAUCAAGAGCUUCUUUAGUUGGUGAUCAUUUCCUUUUUCUCGUGACCUUAAUGUGUGACCCAGGGGUGAUAUUUUAGAGAGAGAGAUUAGAUUCGAGUCACUCUCAGGGGUUGGAGGUUAAAGCAUCUAACUUAGUGGACCGUAUUGGUUGAACAAUACUAAAGGGAAAAUCACGCCUGUAACGACUUCACAGCAGACAGCACGAACAGGAAUAACUGGUUUCCUUCACAUUGAGGCCGUGCUAGUUCAUCAAACAAAAUUUGAAAAAAUUGAAGACUCCCGCUUGCAAAAUAUAAAGGGAGUAACCGCCGAAGAGUUUGAUCAUCAAAUUGGAAAUAAUAAUCAACUCAUAUGAAUCCAUGAACCAGUGAAUAAAAACAGUAAUUUAUUAAAUUAAUGAACAAUACGAUCAUUCAAUAAAACAAAGACUGAAACAACUUAUCGUUAGUCAAUCGAUCGUUCGACCGCUAGUCUGUGCUAGGCUUGUGGUUCGUUGAAAUGAGCCAAAGAGUGGGCGCGCGCAAAAUGGCGUGGUUCCCUGAAGACCACUCCAUCGUUAAUCGCUCGCCUGCCCCUUCGCUUUUCUUCGACAUACAAAGAGCCUGGAACAGUCUAUUGAAUCACUUUUUCAUACCCUGACAGGAAUCAAUAAUUCGCUCUCAAAGACGAUUACAGUCAAUCGAUCAGGUAAUAGAGAGGCAUAUUUAACCCAUGGCUGGAUGGUAGAGUAAUUUAUCAGCCAGUUAAGAACACCUGAACCAUUCGGCAUACCUCCAAUCAGGUAAAUGUUUUGAAACCACAGGGAGUAGGAGUAAACUUGCGCUACAUAUUUCAAACUUUAGUCUUUGAAUAAUUUAUGUUACCAAAAUGUUAUGACUAAUUUUACGUUUCAUGAUUUUCUCUUAAUUCUUAUAUCUUUCAACGAAUUAUUUCCCAUGUAAACUCCACUGUAAUCUAGAAAAAUCCAUGAACAGAUAUUAUCAUAUUUUAAACUUCAGGAACUGAUCACAUUCGACUGUCUGUUUUUUUGUUUUGUUUUGUUUUCAUUUCACCCCGCUGGCACUAUCACGGCGUGUGAACGAUUCACCUGAAUUGUAAAAAUUCUCUCUCACCCGUAAGUGAAAAUUUUUGCCAUAGACUUCGUUUUAGUUCAGUUGUCAUGUCGACCUGAAUCCGAUAUUUUUUCCUAUACUUUUUUGAUAACGCAGACGAAGACAUGGAAAACAAGAUUCUCCGUUCCACUGCAUUAUAGAUAAACACCAAUAUGUAAUAUGUUUCUAAAGAUUGCGCAAAGAAAGGAAAUUACUUCUAGCACAGUAAUCAUCCAAAAUUAGAAAAUAAUUCGCUCAAAGGUGGCGUCGUACUAGUCUUGUUUAGUCUUGCGCAAUAUUUUUCAUCGCUACACCUCAUCUAAAUGCAAAAAAGGCUCUGGAAAACCCACCUAUCAAACAAACACAUUCAACGUACAUAUCCCCUCGGGGGUGACAAAACUUCUCUUCUCUGGCGGUAGUAUCCAUCUCGUUCUGCUUCAUGAAAACAACUUGAUUCAGGUUGAAGAGAUUCCAGAGUUACUGUAAGGUGAAUUAGGGUGCUUUGGUUUCUUUUUUAUCACAAAAAUGUCAUUAAAUCCUGUUUUAAGAUGAAUUUCUUUUACUACCCACUGCUCGGCGAUCUACAAAAUAUUUCAACACCCCAGGUGCAUCUUUGAUUAAAAAGUAAUCAGCUGAAGGUUAUUCCAGCGUGGCCUGCAUAUCCCCUUGAAAUUAACUUGGACGACCUUUCAAAUUGAGCGAAAGAUUCGCACCUUUUGAUCUUAUCACCGCAAAGUUUCCUUUAGGAUGACCUCCACAUUUUGACAAAAUUUACACUUUGAGAAGAUGAACUACACUUAUCUGAAAGCCAUUAUCACUGAUUCAUAUCUGGAGACGGUAAAGGCCCUAUCUUUCAAGUAGCCCUUGGUGCAGAUAAAAAUGGCCUCGGAGGAACUUAAACUUGCUUUAAAUCGACCAAGGAAAGCUUCUCAUAAGACACAUGGUUAAAUUACUGACAACAGAUUCACAGAGGUAAAAUUCAAUUACAACAGUUCAUCUUUUAUUUUUUAAAGUUUCAUAUUAUUACAAAUUUACUAAGAUAUCGUUCGACAAAAAGUUCACCAAAUUACCGGCUACCGUGAGGAAAUCUAAGCAUGACAUCUCCACAUAAAUGAUUGCAGUUUAGACGAGGAUACAAGUUUUUUAAGGAAAGUAAGAACAUUUAAACCACCCCUUGUAAGAUAAAAUGGCGGUGGCAUAAAACUGGGUAGUUUCAGAUAAUUUGCUGCCUAUAGGAAAAUAAUUUUACUUGUAACUUUCAGUUCGCCACUUAACCAAAACAAAACGAGAAAAAAUUAUAUUAUUCAAAUCCUUUAAGUUUUACCUUUUUCGUGUUUAUUGUUCGGUGAAUUUUUUUUAAUCUCUUCUUCUUACUAACAAAUCAUUCAAACGAUAACCCCCCUCCCCCCCAAAAAAUAUAUUUUUUUUUUAAUAAGGAAGCAAAACUUUUUAAAGAUUGCACCCGACUCAUUGCAGCCAUCAGUGGCCUCUGAUAAAACAUUGAAAAACGUUUAAUCCAUUCAAAUUGAAUAAUUCAUCACGUCAUGAAAAUUGAUUCACGUAUUAUUCAUCCGUUCGCUCUUGACAACCUUUCAUCGUAUUUGCAGAAAUGUGUUAUCGUGCCUCUGAACAAAGGAUAGCGGUAUACUGAUAGGUAUUGCGAAAGCGAAGAAGCUUCUCGUUCGUUUGCACUCGCAAUUGUCACUAAAAAUAUCACGGAACAGCAGAAUGGAAUAUUGAUUCUGAAUGCGACAGACAUUUGCCUUUAGGCAGGAAAUGAACAUAAAGUGUUCCGGAAAAUCAAAUGCGAAGCAAAAGCCUUUUGGCACUGAGCUAAGCAUUUUAAUUGGUGCAUGUGUGUUGAUAUUCCUAUCAUUUCCUCGCCUAUGCAAAUAACAGAAUUAACAUUUGUUUAAUAUUUCAAUAGAUGUUAUUAGGCUUUACUUGCGAUGAGGCAACCAGUAUUCAAUAUCACAAAGGCGGGAAUACACAUUACAGCGAAGUUAAACAGUUCGAUAACAAGAAAUCAUUUCUUCACCAUUGUUGA